AUGUCGUCUGAAGACCCGCCCGAUGCGUCGCCCGAUGCCGUGAAACGCUCCCGCUACACCCAUCGCCAACUCCAACUACUACGCCAGGGCUCGACAGCCACCCCGCUCCGCGCAAUUGCGCACAUCGAUCUCGAUGCCUUUUACGCACAAUGUGAGAUGGUGCGUCUGGGGACGCCCCGCGAUACACCGCUCGCGGUGCGCCAAUGGGAUUCAUUGAUUGCUGUCAAUUACGCCGCGCGGCCAUUUGGAAUAUCCCGGAUGAUAAAUGCGGCCGAAGCUCGCAAAAUUUGCCCCAAUAUUGUCCUGCAGCAUGUAGCGACUUUCCGAGAAGGAGAGGGUGGUCGGUGGGCGUACCGCGACGACGCGUUUAUGAAUAUCAAGACCGAUAAGGUUUCGCUUGAUCCGUAUCGGGCGGAGUCGAGGAAGAUCCUUAAGACAAUGAAGGAGGCCUUGGAGAAAUGGUGUACAAAUGAAUCGGAUGGUGAAAUCCACCGCCUCACACACGGUCUUUCUGCAGCCCUGGAAAAGGCCAGUAUAGACGAAGUCUUUAUUGACUUGUCACCCAUCGUCUACAGCGUCUUGCUCCAGAGAUAUCCGGAACUACGGCUAGGUUUGCAGGAUGGGGACCGUGACGCGGAGCUUCCUCCUCCGCCGACCACUGCGGUGCAAUGGCAUACCGAAGAUUGCCUGAUAGACCUCGAUCUACAUGAACGGGAGGAAGAUGACCCGGACUGGGACGACAUUGUCAUGCUCAUUGGUGCAGAGAUCGUCCGAUCUGUACGCCGUGCAGUCUGGGAUAAUCUCAACUACACCUGCUCCGCGGGCCUUGCCCGAAACAAAAUGCUCGCCAAACUGGGCAGUGCCUGCAACAAACCUGAUAAGCAGACCGUAGUGCGGAAUCGUGCGGUCCAGCACUUCCUGGGUGGCUACAAAUUCACCCAGAUCCGAAUGUUGGGUGGCAAGCUCGGAGAUCAAAUCACAUCUUACUUUGGGACAGAGAAAGUGAGCGACCUGCUCAACGUGACUCUCGAGCAAUUCCGUGCCAAAUUGGAUGAUCACACCGCGUCAUGGUUGUACGGGAUUAUCCGAGGUGACGACCGAUCCGAGGUCAAUCCUCGAACGCAGAUCAAGUCAAUGCUUUCGGCCAAGUCUUUCCGACCGAGUAUCAGUUCGUUGGAUCAAGCCGAGAAAUGGCUGCAUAUCUUUGCGGCAGAUAUCUACGGUCGUCUUGUGGAGGAUGGCGUGCUUGAGAAUAGACGUCGUCCGAGAGUGAUUACUCUACAUCACCGGACUGCACAGACUCGAUCUCGUCAGAUUCCUAUUCCCGCGGCAAAUGCUAUCGAUGAGACUCUGCUCUUCGAAUUGGCGAGGACGUUGAUGCGGCAGGUCAUGGCAGAUGGACAGCCCUGGCCUUGUUCCAACCUAUCCCUGAGCGUGAGUAGUUUCGAGGACGGGGUCAGCAAGAACAAGGCAAUUGAAGGAUUCCUGCUUCGGGGUGACCAGGCCAAGUCUUUGAACCAUGGAUCUCGCCCUCGAGAUUCCGAAACCCCUGCAAAUGAACAACUGCCACCGGAGAAGAAACGAAAAGUCGACGACAGCGGUAUCAAGCGCUUCUUCACGCAACCACCCCAGGAUGAUAAGCCUUUGGCUGACCAGGGAAAUCCUCAGCCCAGGGAAGAUCAUGAUACCCCUUCUCUCCCCGUGGGAGUCUCCGAAACAGAGGUGGAUGACCAUGUAAUGCCACACUAUAAUUGUGACCGAUGUUCCCGGUCCAUUCCUGAACUCGAACGAGAAGAGCACGAUGAUUGGCAUUUCGCCAAGGACCUGGAAAUCCAAGAGCGUCAAGAGGCGAGGGAUGCGCAGCAACAAUCGCGUCCAGCGCCGAGCUCGAGUACACCUCGUGGUUCGGGUACUCGGGGCCGAGGAGGUCGGGGUGGUCGAGGCAAGCCCGAGAGAGGUCAAAUGCGAUUGGCUUUUCAGUGA